CACAUGCAGGGAGCAACAGGUCUAAAUCCUGUCUGUGCACGACUCUGCAAAGCUUGAUGUUGAUAACAAGGGUCAGAAACAUUAACUCUGAAUAAUUUUAUUUCAUACAUUGUUAUUUACUUUCUAUAAACUGGAGCAAUGAUAUUUCGGACAGCAGCAGAGCAUGCUAAGAAGCACCCUGGACUCAUCCCCCAGUUCUUCUUCAUCUGUUUGGGAAUGGGUGGGGCAUUUCUGUAUCUGAUCCGGUUGGCCAGAGGACCCCAUGUCACCUGGAACAAGACCAAUAACCCUGAGCCAUGGAAUAAACUUGACCCCACCCACCAGUACAAGUUUGUGGCCAUCAGCACAGACUACAAAAACCUGAAGAAGGAGGGUCCCGAGUUCUGAAUCUUUCACCACCCCCAUUUGACUAGCAGCAGGUGGAAAGUGAAUCAUGACUUGAAGAGUAUGCAAAAAGAUUUGGUGAAAUUGGACUUGCUAUUUGUUAAAGCACCAGACCAGUGGUAUUGUAUUUUUUAGCCAAUUUAAUGCACAUAAGGGAUGCUACACAUUAUACAUAACUGUUUUGAUUUUAUACAUACAUUUGAUAGAUUGAUCUGAAAAUCAAUUAUCAUACUCCCAAAACUUGGAGUGGAGAAAUAAUGGAGAUGAAUAGCUGCCUAGAAUAUCUGAAACUGUGUGGCAUGAAUCCAAAAAUGGUCAGCAUAAAUGUAAAAUAUACAUGAUUUGUAGUUAAGGAGCUAAAACCUACAAACACUCUUGCUCUAUGCUUCUUUAAGGUUUCUUUUCAAUAUCUGAGAGUUAAAAUUAAAAAAAUGUCUUAUUCUGCAGAAAACUUUAUAUGUUUUCCCAAACAUUCUGCAAGUGUGAAGCUUUAACUAUGCCAACUUUGGAUAAAAUCUAAUUGGCCUGCUGCAGCGCAUUGAUGAGUGAAAUUAAUGUGACUUGAAUGCAUGUGUUUCUUCAAAAUUGGCGCAUGAUUGUAGGUUUAACAGCCACUAAAUUCAGCAAUCACUGUGUAAGUUAUAAAAAAAAGGCUGAGUAUGUAUAAACUGGGCUGGAUUCUUUCAAUAAAUAAACUGUCUGAUUCAUCA